AUGAGAUCGCAGCGGGACGCUAUAAUGGCGCUGGCUGGCUGGGGGGGGGCCAAGCUGCCCCUGGGGGUGUCACUGCUCCCAGUCCCAGUGUUGGAUUGGUGCGAGCCCAGUCAGAGCCUAAACCAAGAGACUUUUUGGAUUCAUUUCUCUGAAGAUUGUCCCCAUUCCUGUUAUGUGUCUGCUGCUGAUGGGUUCCCAAUGCCAGUAAAACCCAGUGUGUUCCCAGUGCAUUUGCUGUUCAGGCAGUGGGGGCUGAGGGGGGGGGUGUCGAGGGGUCCUUGGGGUGCAGAGCGAUAUGGGCUUGCAAGGGGCUGUGAAUUGGGGUGCAGAAGCGGGUGCAGGCAUCAUCCCCCCCCUGCACCCCUCCCCGUACUGGGAGCCUGGGAGGGGAACCCAGGCAUCCUGCUGCCCCCCCCCGCCGCGAACCCGUGCAGCUGGCAGCGCAGAGGGGGAAACACAGAGCCCCCCCCCUCGCUUCCAGCCUCCUGUCACAGGGCGAUGCGGGCAGCCUGGCUGCUCCUGCUGGCACUGGGGCUGCCUGCCUGCCCAUGGGGUUGCAGAUGCCUGGGGGGGGCCCCACCGGUGCUGCCCCCCACCAGCAGCUGCAACGAGACCCUGGGGGGGGGCGGACGGCCACGGGCACCAGACGUGGUGGUGCUGGCGGCUGUGGGUGGGUGGCUCGGCGCCAUCCUUGUCUACGUGGGCCGAUACGUCCGGAGGAGCCGAGCUGAGACCCGGUUGCACCUCGAGUACCUGCGGGCGCUGCCCUGCGAACCACCCAGCCCCAAGGAGGAGGAGGAGGGUGAGGAAGAGACACUCAGCACUGUCCUCUUAGGCACCGUGGGCACGAGUCAUCACCAGCAGCAAACCGGGGAGCCCCAGGGGCGUGAGGCCCCCCCCAGACCUGCCCCAGCGGCUGGAGUGGGUUCACCCCCAGCUAUUUUUGACAUGGAAAAGCAGCACUGGAGCCCCAGAAACACACACAGACCCAUGGGACUUCGAGAACUCACCCCACACAAAACUUUCAGCCCCCGCGGCACGAGGAAGGAGCAAGGCAUGGAGAAGGUGAGGGGAAAAAGAGCCAGUUUUAAUCUGUACAGCACCAGCCCGUGA